CUAAUGCAAAUGCAACUACGUAUAAUUUAUAACCACAUGUAUAAAUAUGGGUGAACAUUAACAGUGAUAGGUUGUCAAGAUUGUUGGGCAACUAAUACAUUCAGCUACCAUGGAUGGCAAGAAGAGGUUUCAGUUCUUAUCAGUGAUGUUUCGGAGGACUGUAGUCUUUCUCUUGAUCGGGCUUCUAGCAUGGGCUUAUCAGGAAAUGUGUCCUCCUCCUCCAAAAUUGUGUGGAUCGCCUGGAGGUCCACCUGUUACUGGUCCUAGAAUAAAGCUCAGGGAUGGAAGACAUCUGGCCUAUAUGGAGCUCGGAGCACCCAAAGAUGUGGCCAAGUAUAAGAUAAUCCUCGUCCAUGGCUUUGGCUCUAACAGAUUUGAUACAGUUGUAUCAAAGGAUUUACUUGAAGAGAUGGGGGCAACUCUAGUUACUUUUGACAGACCAGGCUACGGAGAAAGUGAUCCUGAUCCAAAGCGAACAUCCAAAAGUAGCGCCCUUGACAUACAAGAACUUGCAGAUCAAUUGGGAUUAGGAGCUAAAUUCUAUGUAGUUGGGUUUUCUAUGGGAGGGCAGGUGGCUUGGGGCUGCCUUGAGCACAUCCCGGAAAGGUUGGCUGGAGUAGCACUUCUUGCUCCGGUUGUCAACUACUGGUGGCCUGGUUUUCCUGCCAAUUUAUCUACAGAAGCUUACUAUGAGCAGCGUGUAGAAGACCAGUGGGCACUUCGGGUUUCUCACUACACCCCGUGGCUAACAUACUGGUGGAAUACUCAGAAGUUGUUUCCAAGCUCUAGUGUUGCUUCUGGAAGGCCCAAUUUCUCUCGUCAAGAUAUUGAAAUUUUGACCAAACUUGCUGUAGCUGGAAAACCAAAAGACAAGCCCCUGCAGGGAUAUUCUACACAACAGGGAAAAUUUGAGUCCGAGUACCGAGACAUGAUUAUUGGAUUUGGGAAGUCAGAGUUAAAUCCAAUGGAUCUGAAAAAUCCAUUUGCUGGCAAAGAUGGCUCAGUUCAUCUUUGGCAGGGAGACGAGGACGGCCUUGUUCCUGUUACAUUGCAGCGAUAUAUUGCUGGGAAACUCCCAUGGAUUCGUUACCAUGAACUAGCUGGUGCUGGACAUGUUUUUCCAUUAGAUAAGCAUAUGGGUGAAACUAUCUUCAAAACUCUUCUACUAGGGGAGAAUGAACCAACUGCAGACAAGUAGCUAAACAUCGUUCUUUCCCCGUAUCAAUAUGUAUACUCUUCUUCUUAAGGGUACUUUCUCAUUGUUAGUCACGUUACAUUUGUGUAGAUGAGGAUGGGUAUGUAGGUGCUGAAGCAGUAAUAUAAAAGAAAACUUGCAAAUUUGUUGAGUCUUUUUUAUAUUACCGCAAUCUGCGUGAUAGUAUUACAGCAGUCGGUUUUAUUGUAUGAUCUAUAACUCUAUUAUUGGUUUCUUCUAAGGAUAGAAGAAGUACAACACUAUCUUGAAUAGUUAUGAAUUUUGUCUUAA